GUGUUUCUUAACAAUUUUUGUCUUUGUCAUUGUUCACAAUCUGGUGUGAAGCCAGACUUGGGCUGGCCCAGACUCCUGAGUGGGUGGUGGUGGAGCUGGCUGUCAGUGUGUGUAUUGUUCUACUCCCAUCUCACAUUUCUGCCACCAGUGUUUCCUGAGCAGCAUGUGUGUGCUAGAGGAGGGCAAAACACAAGGUCCAGGCUCCUGGUAUUUGCAUCAGAGUCGGUGAGACACUGUGGAGAUAAUCAGUCUUUUAGGCGAUCGAACUGAGCACUUUGCCUUGUGCUUUCAAGGUUACCUACCACCACACUGGGCCCACAGCUCCCUGGAAAUAGCUGAAGCUGCCUCGGGUUCCUUUCUGACUGCAACUCGUAAGAGCAGAGGAAACCAGUGAGUGUUCUGGGUCCAUGCCUGCCCCUGGGAAUGCUUGCCAUCCAGUGCCCUGCAGCUACUUUGGGACACUUGGGCCUCAGCCAGCCCCAGUGGGAGUGUCCAGGUGAGGCCCAAGGACUUCUCCAGUAGCAACACAGAGUAAGUACUAAAGGUCCUUCUUUCCUGUAGAAUCCAGCAGCUUUCCGUUGUGGGUACUGGGUGGGAGAUGGUGGGGUCCUGCCUGUGGUGCCUUUGGCAAGUCAGCCUGGAAAACACUUGGGGCACACUAGGCUGGCAAGUCCCCGGCCCCCUGAUAGAAGUCUCUGAGACUGCCUUACCAGCCACCCAUCUACCAAGGCUGGCCUGCGCUCGGGGUGGUGGGUGGGAGUUCUGCCACAACCUGCUGUCCCAGGGGAGGCCGAGUCCCGAGGUCCCAGCUCGGGAGCGAGCUCUGGAUCUAGAGGCUUCCGAGGGGCAGCGACGCCCAGAGUGCACCAUCACCUCUGGAUGGAUCCGGGGAGAAAUCCGCAUCAUGAAGGUGAGGACUGCCCGCUGUACUCUUGGGGCGCCAGCAGCCCAAAUUCCGCUUGCCUUGACCCUGCUACGCCGCACAGCUCGCGCCCCACUGCGGACUCCACUCACCGCGUUGCACUUUGGGAGGCGUACUUUUGAGGGCGUGGGCAGGGUCUGCGGCGCGUGCGGCUUACUUUGCGCACUACGUACUCUGCAGCUCAGUAAAGUGUUAGGCUCCCCCUUGGGCCAGUCCUGGGAUGAAUCGGCGAUUGGUGGAGAGCGGGAUGCUCGUUUGUGGCCACCCGCUGAUUGGCGGAGCGCUUCGGGGGCGGGGCCGCACAUGCACAUAAGAGUGGUGGCUGGUCUGUUAACUUGUCCAAGGUUUCAGCUGCAGCGGUUCCCGAGCUCUAAUCACCCGGGAGGACGCGGAGGAUGCGGCGGGGCUGGAGCCACUCGUGCCACGCCAUCCUGUACGCUGCCAAUCCCGGGCAGCUGUUUGGCCGCGUCCCCAUGGGAUUCUCGCUGCUGGUGAGGCCGCGGGAGGACGCAGGUAUGCCGAUGUGCUUCGUGGACCUGCGCCUCUGGUCUGGGCCGGGCCGCCUGCGUUUCACCGAGGCCGACUACCUGAGCUCGCACCUGACAGGGCCCGCACCCGAAGUCGCGCACCUGCACGCUCGGCAGCUGACGCUGGAAGAGAUCCGCCCGGUGUACUCGCACGACCACGGCUUGGAGGUACUGGGCCUUGUGCGCGUCCCUCUCUACGCCCAGAAGGAUCGAGUCGGAGGCUUUCCCAGUCUCCUGAGCAACGCUUUUGUCAGCACCGCCAAGUGCCAGCUUCUGUUUGCCCUCAGCCACAGAAAAGCAGAAGGCCCUGGAGAAGCUGCUCCCUGCUUCCUCCUGAGGUGGUCCCUGUGGAAGCUGGCUGCCACCCUACCUGGAGCCCCCGGGAGUUUGCUUUGCACCCCUUUGCGAGGGGUCCCCUCUUACCACAGCCUGGACCCUAGGUGGGACAAGGCCUUGCUGCCCUCCUGGAGACUCACCCAUCUCAUGGACUCUGUCUUCCAGGACUACAGAUAGCUCCAGAAGGCUCAUGGCCUG